GAGCAGACCAAAUUCAGUUUGUUUGUAAACAUCAAAAAAAUUUGUCAAUCUAUUAUCUAAUUAAUUCGAUAAAAAUUAUUAAUAAAUGACAUUACAUUACGAUUUAAAUGCUAUGGUUAACAAAAAUCAAAUUGAUAAUUCCAAUGAACGUGAUAGAAGUGAAAAAUAUCGCUAUUUAAUUAAAAUAUUAGAGAAACGUUGUGAACAAAUGUCGAAGUCAAAUGAGAAGAUCGCGGCGAGAUCUUUGACAGUAAAAAAACUAAUCAAAAAACGAAGCAAAGAUGUUGAGCUGCUAAAAUCAAGACUUGAUAGCUACAAUGACAAUUGGAGAAGUUAAUCGUUCAGCAUCGUCAUCAUCAAUUUAGUUCUCUCUUCUAUUUAAUUAAUUAAAUCGGUUUGUCUCGUAUGAAUAAAAUAAAUUGUGUCACAAUUAAAAACUGCAAAUUGUUUCAAUAAAAUAAAAAUCAAAGCGAAUUGUUCAAGGUCAAAUCUAAUAA